AGACAAGAACAUGUGGGCGGGUAGGCAAGAACGGCCGAGCAGACGAGCGAGCAAGAGUGGGCGAGUGGGUGGUGAGCCAAGGUCGGGCCGGCGAGAAGCCGAGGGUGGAUUGGCGAGUGGGCGAACGAGUGGGCGAUGACAAGCGAACGGGCGAGAAGGGCGGGGUGAGCGAGCAAGAUCGAGGGGUACAUCACUGGAGGUCAGAGAGGGUGUCUGCUCACUUUUCGGCAGUCGCAGAGACUUACACGGUGUUACUGUGUGACGUGCCCGUAGAGAAGCGUGCUGCGAGUUUGUUGCUCGUCGCACUUGCUCGAGCAUCGCGACUAGCAACAGAGAUAUUUAGUAAAUACACUAAGGACGACUCACUUCGGGGGGUUUUAUUUUUAUACCUCUGCUUCGCUUCCCUUUCGUUCACUACUCCUGCCCGCCAUAUGUUAUGCUGUCCCUCUUCCUCUGACGGUGCUCACUUGUUGUGCUCAGGCUUGCUGCGUUGCGUCACGGCUCGGGCUUGUCGCAGUCGGAGUGUGGGACGGCAUGAGUGCCUCGCGCAUGGUUGUCCGAACGCGACCGUCCGGCGCUUUCGCGAGCAGCGCCGACAGUCGCGCCACGGCGGGACUGUACGAGACGGGACAGGUUGGAGAUGGGCGAUGAAUCAGUGACAGACGGGCGAC